UGGGCAGCCCCCCGUCGGGUCUACCCGCACCAUGUCCCGCCUGGCUGUGCCAAAGGCUCCAGCAACGGGGAACCAGCGGGAUCGGGAAACUGCGGUCGUGACAGUGAUGCCAUUUCACCGAGAUGCUCUUCGGCAUCCCCCGGAAUUCCUGCAACACCGGCAACUACGGGAAACCCACGUUUUCUGCUGAGAGACAGGCGGGCAGGCGGAGGGAGCCUCGGCAGAGCGUCCCUGCCUGCGGCCACCGGCUGCCACCGCGGGCGAGAGCGGCGGGGCCGGGCCUGGCCGUGCGGCCGCCCCCCGGGCGAGCAGCUGGGCGGACGCCACCGGCGGCGCUUGGGGAGGCGGCCGGAGCCCGUGGGCGGCGGCGGCGGCAGGAUGUAUGGAUUUAUAAAUACAUGCCUGAAGUCUUUGGUGAUUGAAAAGUAUGGUGAAGAAACAUGGGAAAAACUAAGACUGCAGGCUGGAGUCCAAGAUUCUUUCUUGACUUUUGAGGUUUACAAAGAUGAGAUCACAAUGCAGCUCGUUGACAAAGCCUGCAAAAUAUUAGGUGUUCCUGCUGACAUGGUUCUGAGAGAGUUUGGAGAGUAUUUCUUUGAAUUCUGUAAACGCUCAGGCUAUGACCACAUGCUGAGGACACUGGGUGGAAAUCUCUAUGAGUUCAUAGAGAACCUGGAUGCAUUGCACAGCUACCUGUCCCUUUCUUACCAGGAGAUGAAUGCACCAUCUUUUAGGGUAGAAAAGAAUGAAGAUGGGUCAAUGCAUUUACAUUACUAUUCAGACAGAAGAGGUCUGUGCCAUAUUGUGCCAGGAAUUAUUGGUGCAGCAGCCCUGGAUUUUUUUAAUAUUGAGCUUUCAAUGGAAAUAGUCAAUCAAACAGAAGAAGAAGAAAGAACUGGGAAAAAAGAACAUAUUGUUUUUCUUGUUACUCAAACCCCUGUAUUUUCAUACAAGGAAAGAAGUGAAUUUUCUUCCUCACAUCAACAUGUUCCUGACUCUGCAAAACAAAUUGAGAACCAACAGAAUAAAGAGGACCUUGAAAAAGGCAAGAAUGCAGUUAGAGACAGAGGAAGCUCUGUUUGUCCUGUCAAGAAAAGUCACUGGAAAACAAUAAGAGGAAUAAUUACAGUAGGAAGAGGUAAGCUCCUGAGAGGAUUUGAUCCUGUUUAUCCUAAGAGUCUUUGGAUUGACACAAAAACAUUUUGCAAUGGACUUCCUUUUCAUAUGGUUUUUGACAAACAGCUCAGAGUGAAGCAAGCUGGUGUGAGCAUUCAAAAGAUUGUACCUGGCCUUCAGAACAUGGGCAUCUGCUUGGAUCACUAUUUCAGUAUUGUUCACCCAGAAGUACCCUUCACCAUCUCUAGCAUCCAGAAAUUCAUCAACAGUCAAUUUGUUUUCCAGACUAGAAGAGAGAUGAUGCCAGAGUCAUGGAAACAACGGCCAAUGCUAGAGCUGAGAGGCCAGAUGAUCUGGAUGGAGUCUCUGCAGUGCAUGCUCUAUCUCUGCUCGCCUUUGCUUCGCACUUUGCAUGAACUGGAAGAGCGACAGAUGCAUAUUGCAGACAUUGCACCUCACGACGUGACCAGGGAUUUGAUUCUUCUCAAUCAGCAGCGACUGGCAGAGAUGGAGCUCUCUAACCAGCUGGAGAGGAAGAAGGAAGAAUUGCGGAUACUGUCAAAGCACCUGGAGGAAGAGAAGAAAAAGACUGAAGCUCUGCUCUAUGCCAUGCUUCCUCAGCAUGUGGCCAACCAGCUGAAAGAGGGGAAGAGAGUUGAGGCAGGAGAGUUCAAGGAGUGCACUAUAUUGUUCAGUGAUGUUGUGACCUUUACCAACAUUUGUGCCCAAUGUGAGCCUAUUCAGAUAGUUCUCAUGUUAAAUUCAAUGUACCUGCGAUUUGACAGACUGACCACGGUGCAUGAUGUGUACAAGGUGGAGACAAUUGGAGAUGCCUAUAUGGUAGUAGGUGGGGUCCCUGUGCCUGUAUCCACUCAUGCUGAGCGAGUUGCUAACUUUGCCUUGGGGAUGAUAAUAGCAGCUAAAGAUGUGCAGAAUCCAGUUUCUGGAAACCCUAUCCAAAUUAGAGUUGGGAUCCAUACAGGUCCUGUUUUGGCUGGAGUUGUUGGAGAGAAGAUGCCUCGUUACUGCUUGUUUGGAGACACAGUGAAUAUAGCUUCCCGGAUGGAGAGUCAUGGUGUCCCAAGUAAAAUUCAUCUAAGCUCCAGUGCCUAUCAAUGCCUAAAAUACAAGAAUUUUGAGAUGACUGAAAGAGGAGAAAUAGAAGUAAAAGGCAAAGGGAAAAUGCACACAUACUUCCUCAUUAGAAAUAAAACUGCAACUGAGAAUGAGAUAAUGGGAAGGCCAAUGAAAGACUUAGAUUCUGGCCGCGAAUCUGCUCAGUCCAUUCAAGAAGGCAGGAUGGAAACAACACCAGCUACUCAGACUCAGCCAGAGAAAGACCAGACUCCAGCCAUUGCAAUGAAAUAUACUGAUGGCCCCACAGAUGAACAGAACAGCCUCAAAAGAAGAAAUCAAGCCAAAAUUGCAGAUUUAACAGGCAAAACUUACGAUACCAAAAGUGAUGGGAGUCUCCAUGGCAACCAGCAUGCAGAUGAUGGUUCUUGUCCUCCAAACCAGGGAAGAGUCAAACCUGCUACUGAAGAGCCACGGAAUAGAAACAUUCGUUCUAAUUUUUGCACUUUACUCUAAGUUUCUUACUUUUUACAUUUAAACAAAGCAACUUUAUUAUGA